AUGUUUCCCAAUAUGAUCCAAAUGAAGGUAGCUGCACUGGCGAUUCUUUUCGCUGGUCAAGCGCUUUCCGGACCUGUUGAGUCCCGCCAGGCCUCUGUGAGCAUUGAUGCCAAAUUCAAGGCUCAUGGAAAGAAAUACUUCGGCAACAUUGGUGAUCAGUACACCUUGACCAAGAACGCAAAGACCCCGGCCAUCAUCAAGGCCGACUUCGGUCAGCUGACUCCGGAAAACAGCAUGAAGUGGGAUGCUACUGAGCCAAACCAAGGGCAGUUCUCCUUCACCGGGUCGGACUAUCUGGUCAACUUUGCUCAGUCAAAUGGAAAGCUGAUCCGUGGCCAUACCCUCGUGUGGCACUCCCAGCUCCCUACUUGGGUCUCUUCCAUCUCGGACAAAACUACUUUGACCAAUGUCCUGAAGAACCACAUUACCACGGUCAUGAACCGCUACAAGGGCAAGAUCUACGCCUGGGAUGUGGUGAAUGAAAUCUUCAACGAGGAUGGUUCCCUGCGUAGCAGCGUCUUCUACAAUGUUCUUGGCGAGGACUUUGUGCGCAUCGCUUUCGAAACGGCUCGUGCCGCAGACCCCAAUGCAAAGCUCUACAUCAAUGACUAUAACCUCGAUUCCGCCUCUUAUUCCAAGGUGAACGGCAUGGUCAGCCACGUCAAGAAGUGGAUUGCUGCUGGUAUUCCCAUUGACGGAAUCGGUUCUCAAACACACUUGAGCGCCGGUGGCGCUCUGAAUGCACUUGCCGGCGCAGGAACCAAGGAAAUUGCUGUCACUGAGCUUGAUAUUGCUGGCGCUAGCUCUACCGACUAUGUGAACGUUGUCAACGCUUGUCUUAACCAGCCCAAGUGUGUCGGAAUCACAGUUUGGGGAGUCGCUGACCCGGAUUCGUGGCGCUCCAGCUCCAGCCCUCUCCUCUUCGAUAGCAACUACAACCCCAAGUAUGCCUAUACCGCUAUCGCAAAUGCCCUCUAG